AUGGCCACCUACAAGAUGGUGCUGAUCCAGCACGGUGAGAGCGCAUGGAACCUGGAGAACCGUUUCAGCGGCUGGUACGACACGGACCUGAGCCCAGCCGGGCACGAGGAGGUGAAGCGAGGUGGGCAGGCGCUGAGAGAUGCUGGCUAUGAGUUUGACAUCUGCUUCACCUCAGUGCAGAAGAGAGCAAUCCGGACCCUCUGGACAGUGCUGGAUGCCAUUGACCAAAUGUGGCUGCCAGUGGUGAGGACUUGGCGCCUUAAUGAGUGACACUAUGGGGGUCUGACUGGCCUCAAUAAGGCAGAAACUGCGGCCAAGCAUGGUGAGGCCCAGGUAAAGAUCUGGAGGCGCUCCUAUGAUGUCCCGCCACCUCCCGUGGAGCCCGACCACCCCUUCUACAGCAACAUCAGUAAGGAUCACAGGUAUGCAGACCUCACUGAAGACCAGCUGCCCACCUGUGAGAGUCUGAGGGACACAACUGCCAGAGCUCUGCCCUUUUGGAAUGAAGAAAUUGUCCCCCAGAUCAAGGAGGGGAAACGGGUACUAAUUGCAGCCCACGGCAACAGCCUUCGGGGCAUCGUCAAGAAUCUGGAGGGUCUCUCUGAAGAGGCUAUUAUGGAGCUGAACCUGGCGACUGGCAUUCCCAUGGUCUAUGAAUUGGACAAGAACUUGAAGCCCAUCAAGCCCAUGCAGUCCCUGGGGGAUGAGGAGACCGUGCGUAAAGCCAUGGAGGCUGUGUCUGCCCAGGGCAAGGCCAAGAAGUGA